AUGGGACAUGUUCAGUCGACAGUGCUUGGACCGAAAGAAGUUCCCAGCCAGCCUUGCCCAGCACGUGCUGAAAAAACAAGACUGAUGUCUUCAAUGAGUGGCUUGAAUGUGGAGGCGCAUGGGAAAAAAGUCGCCUUGGUCUUUGAACGAAAGGUAUCUCAGAGCAGGGAGGUAAAAAAGGGGCGAGGUGGAAUGAAGCGGAGAGAGAUUCUGCAAAAGUACCCCAAAGAGAAAGGUGAAGACUUAAUGAAGAGACUUCAUGAUCGAGGAAUGUGGGAAUAUGAUGAAGACUUUCCAAAGGACGAAGAGGAGAUCUACUACUUUGUUGGGUCUGCCACCGAGAUCAGCAGCAAGACACAGGUAAAGGAGAGCGCUGCGGCUUCCAUCAAAGACAAUGCGCCAAACCCUGAAAUGUUCAAUGCGUUGACAGGGGAUGGAGGUAUCUUAGCCUCAGGUGUUUUGCCUGAGGUGGGAACUGCGACCGAAGAAGGGGCGAAAGCAGUUCAUGAAGCUCUCAACGGAGAGACCACAAAGCUGAAGAAACCACCAAAGAAAAAGGAAAACAAGGAAGCUGAGGUGGUUGAACCAAAGGAUGCGAAGACGCAGCUUUCCGAAAUAAAACCAGAAGUCUUGAAAUCGGCCACCGACGCAAGGAAGUAUGCUUUGGCUUUGAAACAUCUGAGCUACUCCGGUGAGUUGGUGAGUGGAAUGAUGAAGUUCUCAGAAAAGAUGGAGGGUGUCUAUGAGAAAGCUACUGCUUUGCUUGCAAGUGGGGUCAACGAGAAAGAGGAAAAGUUUGAGAAGCUCAUGGUCAUAAUCAAAGAUAAGCUCAAUUGGUACAAGCAAGCUGAGGCGUGGAUUGUGUUUUCUUAA